AUGAGGAGAAACCAAGGGAUCAAUGGUUAUUUGAUUACCCUGCACAAGUCUCCUUGUGUGCUACACAGAUUUGGUGGACGACUGAGAUGGGAUGAAAAAAUAGGUGAUUGCUUUGCUAACAUUUGUGAUGCCCAGUUCUGCUACUCUCAUGAAUACUUGGGUAACACACCCAGACUGGUCAUCACACCAUUGACAGAUAGAUGUUACAUUACUCUAACCCAGUCUUUACAUUUGGUUAUGGGUGGUGGUCCAGCUGGACCUGCCGGAACUGGUAAAACAGAGACUACAAAAGAUUUGGGAAGAGCUCUUGGUAUAAUGGUUUACGUAUUUAACUGUUCAGAACAAAUGGAUUACAAGUCUUGUGGUAAUAUCUAUAAAGGAUUGGCUCAGACUGGAGCUUGGGGCUGCUUUGAUGAAUUUAAUAGAAUAACAGUAGAAGUAUUAUCAGUCGUUGCAGUUCAGGUUAAAUCACUUCAGAGAGGUGAUCCAGGUCGCCCAGAAGAAGAAGUGUUAAUGAGAGCUCUAAGAGAUUUCAAUACACCGAAAAUUGUGACCGACGAUGUUCCAGUUUUUAUGGGAUUAAUAGGUGACCUCUUUCCUGCAUUAGAUGUACCAAGGAAAAGGAAUGCUGAAUUUGAACAUACAGUUAAGCAAGCUGCUAUGGAUCUUUUGUUACAACCUGAAGAUAAUUUUAUUCUCAAAGUUGUCCAAUUAGAAGAACUCUUGGAAGUGCGUCAUUCAGUUUUCGUUGUUGGUAAUGCUGGCACAUCAAAAACACAGGUAUGGAGAACACUUUAUAAAACAUACCAAAAUAUGAAGAGGAAGCCUAUUUAUAAUGAUUUAAAUCCAAAAGCUGUUACAAAUGAUGAAUUGUUUGGAAUUAUAAAUCCAGCUACAAGGGAAUGGAAAGAUGGUCUCUUUUCUAACAUAAUGCGUGAGCAAGCUAAUCUCUCAGGGGAGCACCCUAAGUGGAUUGUUUUGGACGGAGACAUAGACCCAAUGUGGAUUGAAUCCCUUAAUACUGUAAUGGAUGAUAAUAAGGUAUUAACUCUUGCGAGCAAUGAACGAAUAGCACUUACUCCAUCAAUGAGGUUGUUAUUCGAAAUAUCCAAUCUUCGUACUGCAACACCUGCCACAGUUUCAAGAGCAGGAAUUCUGUACAUCAAUCCUCAAGAUCUUGGUUGGAAUCCGUUGAUGCUUAUGGAACAGUUGAACCUCAUACACUCAUUCGUCAACAUCUUGAUUAUGGACACUGGUACUGAAUCACUUAAUACAAUUUACCAUUCGAUUCUGAGUCAACACCUAGCGAAUCCUGAGCACAAGGUUCCAAGCAUUGUCAGCAGAUUGUGCCCUAAUGUUGUAGCUGCUAGUAUCAAUCUUCAUCAUAAAGUUUCUCAGCUUUUUCUUCCAACGGCUUCAAAGUUUCAUUACAUUUUUAAUCUAAGAGAUAUCUCAAAUGCUUUUCAGGGUUUGCUUUUUAGUGGCUAUGACUGUCUGAAUCAACCGAUGGAUCUGAUUCGCCUAUGGAUGCAUGAGACCCAGAGGGUAUUUGGUGAUAAACUCACUGACGACAAGGAUGUAGAUGCAUUCAUGAAGAAUCAAAUUGAUAUUGUGAAGAAAAAUUUUGAUGAAAUUGAUGAAAGCCUUCUUUAUGAAAAACCGAACAUUUAUUGUCACUUUGCACAUGGAAUCGGUGAACCAAGAUACAUGGCUGUUACCAGCUGGACUCAGUUGGACAGUCUUUUACAGGAAGCUUUACUUUCAUAUAAUGAUCUUAUAGCAGCCAUGAACCUGGUUCUCUUUGAGGAUGCUAUGAUGCAUGUUUGCAGGGGUAGUGCAUUAUUAGUUGGAGUUGGAGGAAGCGGAAAACAGUCAUUGUCACGUUUAGCAGCAUACAUUUCCAGUUUAGAAGUUUCUCAAAUUCAGUUAAGAAAAGGUUUCGGUGUUUCUGAUCUCAAAGCAGAACUUGCAUCACUUUAUUUAAAAUCAGGUUUGAAAAAUCUUGGAAUUAUGUUUCUUAUGACUGAUGCUCAAGUAGCAAAUGAAGAUUUUCUUGUGCUCAUAAAUGACAUGCUAGCAUCGGGUGAAAUUCCUGAAUUAUUUCCUGAUGAUGAAAUAGAUAACAUAAUUGCUGGUGUAAGAAAUGAAGUGAAAGGUGCAGGACUUGUCGAUUCCAAGGAAAAUUGUUGGAAAUUUUUCCUCGAUAGAGUAAGAAGACAGCUCAAAGUAGUGCUAUGUUUUUCACCUGUUGGAUCAACUUUGAGAGUAAGAGCGAGGAAGUUCCCAGCUCUCAUCAAUGCAACACUUAUCAACUGGUUUCAUGAAUGGCCCCAGCAGGCACUUAUUUCUGUCUCGAUGAAUUUCCUUAAAAAGCUGGAUGUUCUGCCUGUAACUGAUGCCGAAGAAAGAAAAGUAGGCUUGAUAGCUGAUGAAGUCACAAAGAAACAGCAAGAUUGUGAAGAGGAUUUGAGAAAGGCAGAGCCCGCACUAUUAGCAGCACAGGUGACAAUGGCUAAAGUAGAUGCUUUCUUGGAUGCUCUAAUAAAUUAUGAUAAGGAAAAUAUACACCCAGAAAUUAUAAAAUCAAUCCAGCCUUACUUGAAAGAUGAAGAGUUUGAACCAGAAUUUGUACGAAGUAAAUCAGCAGCUGCUGCAGGUUUAUGUGCUUGGGUCAUCAAUAUUAUUAAGUUCUAUGAAGUUUAUUGUGACGUUGAACCUAAAAGGAAAGCUUUGGAACAGGCGAAUGCUGAAUUAGCUGCUGCUCAAGAAAAACUAGCAGUAAUCAAAGCAAAAGUGAAUUCUUUAGAGGAACAACUAAACCAAUUAACCUGUGAUUUUGAAAAAGCUACCGCUGAAAAACUUAAAUGCCAGCAAGAAGCAGAUGCGACAACUGCAACAAUUCAGCUAGCAAAUAGAUUAAUUGGUGGUCUUGCAUCUGAAAAUGUUCGGUGGGCUGAGGCAGUUGCUAGGUAA